AUGGGCGACGCCGGGUCUCCUCCCCCGUCCUCACCCUCACGCUCGGCUUCGCACCAACCCCUCCGCGCCGGCCUCCCCAGCACCAACCCAACCAAGUCGUUCUGGCAGACCUCCUUCCCCAACACUCUGGCCCAUCAUCGCUCGACGCCGGAGCUCCCCACCCACGCGGACGUGGUCGUCGUGGGGACGGGGAUCAGCGGCACUUUUGCAGUGGAUGAGUUGGUGAAGAACGACGGCCUCACCGUCCUGGCUCUCGAAGCCCGCACGCUCUGCUCUGCCGCCACGGGCAGGAACGGCGGGCAUUUGCAGCCCCUGAUCCACAGUGCGCCGGCACACAUUAUUGAUUUUGAACUAAGAAAUUUUCAUCACGUCGAGGCUUUGGCGUUGAACGGGCUUCCAGAGGGUGAUGAUGACAGUGACGAGGACGAUGAGGGUCACGGCAAAGGCGAUGGUAAUGAGUCUCAGGAAAAGACAGCUUCCUCGCCAUCAUCAUUAUCACCCUCUUGGUGUGAUUUUCGCAGACUCGAAGGGUGUCUAGGGUUCUGGAACGAGGAGUAUUUCAACGACGCGAAGCGAGAUCUCGCCGCUACUGCUGCCUCCCAUGUAGCGAGGGACGCGGGCAAUUACAAGAGCAAGAAUAUGCCCGGCGAGGACCACACCUACGCCGGCUUAGCUAGAGUUGUCGACGACCCCAAAGAGCUGGAGGCGCUGGGAUUGAGGACGCAGAGCGGCGCGGUCGGCGCCAUCGUCCAGAGCGUGGCCGCCAGUUUGAGUCCGUACAAGCUGUGCGUGGGCCUGUGGAGGAGUCUCCUCGGCAGAUUCGAGCAAGAGGAUCAAGCAGCCGGCAUGGAAAGAACAAGGAAUAUUCAAGAACCCUUGAAGGCACGGGCGUCGAGACAGAGACACAGGCUGAAUUUGCAGACAGAUACACCUGUCACAAGGCUGGAGAGAGGAGAUGGUGGAUGGAUAGUCCACAGCCCCCGCGGCAGCGUGCACACUCACACGGUCGUCCUCGCCACAAACGCAUACACGUCCCACUUGGUCCCGGAGUUCGCGCCCUUGAUCCGUCCCGUGCAGGCGCAGAUGUCUGCUCUCGUCCCUCCUCCAUCGUCUUCGGGACAUUGCAACACCAGCAGCAGCAGCAGCGGGAGUGAGGUAGGGAAUCCGCACAAGGAAACCCACCGUGAAGGAGGGACACGGAAGCUGAUCCCCAUGAGUUACGGCUUCAUGGGCGUCGGAAGCAUGGAUCGCGUCAUGAGCGAUUACCUCGUUCAGAAUCCGUAUAUUACCACCAGUACCAGUACCAGUACCAGUACUAGUCCCAAUGCUGGGGGAGGCCAUCUCAUGUUCGGCGGCGGCCGACACCUCUCCCUCCACCACGGCGAGGGCGUGUGGGACGACGACUUUGUGGACAAACCCGUCGAGCGGUACCUGCGCAGCCUGCCCGAGCGACUUGACCUGAAUCUGGACCUCGACACACGCGAUAGUGGGGCUAUGUAUGGCCAGAACCACAACCACCUGCAGAACGAGGCCGGAUCACCUUCUUCACCGUCAUUACGGCCACCACCAUCAUCAUCAUCACAGCUGCUAGACAUCGCAGCCUCCUGGACCGGCAUAAUAGGCCACUCGGCCGACGGGCACCCGUGGGUCGGCGCCGCGCCACAGCCAGAGCACGCCGGCAUAUUCGUCUGCGCGGGCUACACGGGCCACGGGAUGACGAAUGCGCCGCUGUGCGGAAGGGCCGUGGCGAGGAGGGCGGUGAGGGCGCUGCGGGACAUGAGAGCCGGUCGCGUCGACGCGAUGGAGCAGGAUGAGACUACAGAAGAGGAUGUAGAUUUGGAUGUACCGCCAGAAUACCUGAUAACCCGCGAGCGGAUCGAACGAAUCGAGCGUGUCGUGCAAGCUUAUUCUGCAUAA